AUGCUCGAGCUGCAGCUUGGCAAGACCCCCGCCGCCACGCCGGCGACCGAAACCCAGAGUGGCAAGGAGCCCGUCACGCCGGCCGCCAAAAGACAUUCACGCAAAGUAUCCCUGGGCCUGCCCAUCAGCAUCGCGAGAUCCCAGACGAGCCCUGCAAACCCCACGCAACGGCCUUGGACCCCUUCGACACCCACAAUAUCCGAGAGAGUCGAGCGAUCCGAGAGACCGGAAAGGCCCGACGGUGUAGUCGAAACCGCCCUUGUUCAAGAAGAGCGCGAGCUAGAAUACAAACACCGCCACACCUUCAUCGGCACCGCCUCCCUCGACGACUUUCUGGAGAUCCUCGAGGUUUCCUCCAACCACAUCACCACCCGGGCCUCCGUAGCAAAGGCCUUUAUUUUUCUCGUAUCGGCAGAACACCUCCACGCUCGGCAAUGCUCUAUCAAGCCAGAGGGCUGGGAUCUGGUGUCGAGAAUCACGACGGAUUCCUCAAACAGCGAUUACGUUGCGCAGGCGCAAACUAAGCUAGGGGCAGUCACGUUGAAACAGUUUUUGGACCUCAUCCCCUUCGACGACAAGGGGGAGGUGAGUGCGCUGAACGUUGUUGGGGCGUUUUCUGCAGGUAGUCACAUGGACGCCAAGGCAAGUGCGGGGGUGGGAAGUAAGGCGGGCAUGUUCAGGAAAUGGAUGGUCAAGCAAAUGGGCAUAGGGGCUUGA